UCUUCAUCAUCUUCAUCCUCAGCCCUGGCGGGCUGAACUGCGCAUGCGCGGCCUCCUCUCACAUCACACUUUUAUUCAGAGCGUCAUUUUUACCCGUCAGUUCUUUAACUGUAUUUAAUUGUAUUUAAUUAUAUUUAAUUAUAUUUAUGUCAGUAAUUGGAGCCACAUGUUUAUUUACUGUUGAUGUUUUUAAAUCUAAAGAGAAAUAACCUGAUUUUGGUUCUGAUUCUGGUCUGACACGGACCGGAGUGUGAGGGUCGGAGGGUCGGAGGGUCGGAGGGUCGGGUCCAUCUAGACCAGAACCAGCAUGUCGCAGAACCAGAACCAGAACCAGGACCAGAACCAGAACCAGAAGGACGGGGGUGAAGGAUGCUGGAUCUUCAUCUUCAACCCCCGAACCGGGGAGUUCCUGGGCCGGACCGCCGCCAGCUGGGGGUUCAUCCUCCUCUUCUACCUGGUGUUCUACGGUUUCCUGGCAGGAAUGUUCUCUCUCACCAUGUGGGUUUUGCUGCAGACGCUGGACGACCACGUUCCCCGGUACCAGGACCGAGUUUCCAGCCCCGGUUUGGUGAUUCGUCCUCGUGCUGUUGACGUCUCUUACAACGUCAGCGAUCCAACGAGCUACAGCCGGUUUGUUCAGCAGCUGCACGACGUCCUGCAGCGCUACAACAACAGCAUCCAGGAGGCCAACGACUUGUGUCUGGUGGGAGAAUUUACGCAGCAGGACGACACGGAUCCAAAGAAAGUGUGUCAGUUUAAACGCAGCGUCCUGGACCGGUGCUCCGGUUUAACCGACACCAGCUUCGGAUUCGCUGAGGGGAAACCCUGCAUCCUCAUCAAGAUGAACCGGGUCAUCGGCCUGAAGCCUGAAGGCGACCCGUUCAUCAACUGCACUGCCAAGACAGACUCUCCGUUACAGAUGCAGCUUUUCCCACCGGACGGUCGUCUGGAUAAAAUGUUCUUCCCCUACUACGGAAGGAAAGCUCACCCUGAAUACGUCCAGCCUCUGGUGGCCGUGAAGUUGUUGCUAACCAAAGACGACUACAAUGUGGACCAGAUCGUGGAGUGUAAAGUCCACGGCUCCAACCUGCGGAACAACGACGAUAGAGACAAGAGUUUGGGUCGUGUCACUUUCCGGGUCAAAGUGUCUCAGUAAUUACUGACCCUAGAAAACUGGAUCUAGUCCAAGAGAAAAGCUCCCGUCCAGGACUGAACCCCGACCCUGAUCUGCUCUCCCAGUCUGGAUCCAGCUGGUCCAGGUUCCAGUCUGGAUCCAUCACCCUAGAAAACUGGGUCUAGUCCAGGGGUCGGCAACACGAAAUGUUGAAAUAUUGGACCAAAAACACACAAUACAAAUAUGUCUGGAGCCGCAACAAAUUAAAAGUCUUGUAUCAGCCUUCGAAUGAAGGCAACACCUGCUGCAUGUUUCUAUUAGUUAGAACUGGGUCCUCGGCUGCUAAUGUAGCUGCUAAUGUCUUUCCACAUAACUUUUUGUUAUUGGACAACUUCUCUCUACAGAGCAAACAUUCAGGCAACGAAUGCAAAUGAUUCACUCCAAGAAACGUUGAAUCCUCUUUUCUCCUCAGUUAUUUUUCUCUUUUUCCCUUAGGCAGGUUUGUUUCCAGCAGCCACCUGACUGGCGCCCCCUGCUGGUAGAAACAUGUGGUUACGAUGCAAAACUACGGGAGAGAAUCUACGGAAGGGCCAGGCUGGAGAAAGAUAAAAAUAAUAUUUUAGAGGAGGAAGAUUUUUUUUUUCAUUAUCCACUUUGAGGAAAAGGUUGAAAUGUCGGGAAAAAAUGUAAAUGUCGAGAUUAAUGUUGAAGUACAAUUUCGAGAAAAAAGUCGAAAUGUUGAGAAAAAAGUCAAAAUUUUGUGAAUAAAGUUGAAAUGUUGAGAAAAAAAGUGAAAUUUCAACUUUAUUCUUGAAAUUGUAUUUAAACAUUAUUCUCGCCAUUUCGACUUUUUUCUAAACAUUUCGACUUUUUCUCGAAGUGCAUAAUAAAAAAAAUCUUCCCCUCUCAAAUAUUUUAUCUCUUGCCUGGCCCUGAUACUCCUCCCUACAAAUCUAAUUAAACCUUCAUAUUGUUUAGUUUUAACCUAUUUUAAUGACAGAACCAGAAGAACCACGUACCUGGAUUUCUGAUGUUAGUGAUGUAAUACAACAGUGAGACGUUUCGUUUCAGGAGAAACGCAUCAAAAUGAUUACAUUUGAUGUGAUUAUUGUUCAUUUCCCAUCAGUUUGUAAUCAGAUUACUCACUCAGAGGUGUUUGUGAGAGAUAAAUUACCAGUGAAACAAGACAAGUUCAGGAUUCACUAACAAAUGACUAACAUUUCACUAACUUGUAUCUCCUUUGGGGCUGAUGGCCUGAUCAUGUUGGUAAAAAUCUAUAAAAACAGAGAACAAUAAUCUAUUCCAGUGUGCCGUCCCCCCCUAUAAAAAGAUUUAAGCUAACUAUGGACGUAAAAUCGUUCACUUUUUGUCACGAUCCGAUAUAUGGAAUAUACUUUGAUGUUUUUCGGUUUCCCAUCUUUGCCAGGUUUUAAGAUGUGAAUUUUACGUGUGAUUAAUGUGUUAAUAAUGACGAGCUUCCAUCAGUGAAGCUCCAUCGUUACAUGUUGAUUUUGUGGUCAAUGUCCUGUAAUAUCUUUCUUCUGUUCUGAAUGGCAGGCACUUUUUUGACGUGAAAGAUGGAUUUAUGUUUUAUUUCUAUGUUUUUGUCAAAAAGAAAUUAUGUCCCACUUUGCUCUAAAAAAAUGUAAUUCUGUGUGGUUUUC